AGACUUGAGCGUCCAAGCGACUUAGUUGGUUACUGCAUGUCAAGACGAAAUCAAAACAAAAACUUUCCGCAGACAAAUUAAUUGAAAAGAAUGACUGCUGAACAAAAAGCAGAGGAAGCAGUGGAUGCCCUGUACCAUUAUAAGGAUCACUACCUUGAAAUCAAUGGCAAGGAGAAGGGACAUCAAAAGAAUGAUGAUGUCCAAAAGAAGAUGCAGUCAACAUUAGAAUAUUUAGAAAGUUUAAAUGAUGAAAUAACCAACAGAGCAGUAUAUUUCAUGCUGAAGGGUAAGAUUCUGAAUGUUCUACCUGUUCAUGACCCAAAUGCAGAGGAAGCUUUGUCCAAAGCGGUCAAAUUGGAUCCCAAACUUGUUGGUGCAUGGAAUCAGCUUGGCGAGUGUUACUGGAAAAGUGGCAACAUAAAUUCUUCAAUCAACAGCUUUUCUGGAGCCCUUAAUCAUUCGAAAAACAAGGUGUCACUGCGUAACUUGUCAAUGGUGCUGCGACAGAUGCCAGGCUCACAGGCACAGAGGUUAAAGAUGGUCCAGGAAAGUCUAGACAAAGCUAAAGAGGCUGUGCAACUGGACGUCAAUGAUGGAAUAUCUUGGAUGAUUCUAGCAAAUGCUCACCUGUCCAUAUUCUUCGCCAGCGGAGUACAGAACCCAGAGUCACUGACACAAUGUAUGAAGGCUUACAAACAAGCUGAGAAAGAUCCUGUGGCCAGGACUAACGCUGAUCUCCAUUACAACAGAGCGAUGGCAUAUAAAUACCAGGAGGAGUACCAGUCAGCACUGGAUGGGUUUGAUUCUGCAGCAUGGAUGGACCCGUCAUGGCCAGAACCCCGAAUAAAAGAACAAGAAUUGAUGUCAUUCCUACGAAAAACAACUGAGCUUACCGAAACAAAAGGAAAAUUAAAAGGAAAAAAACUCUCUGCAAUGGUUGAGAAGCUAAAGGAGGCUGAUUUAGGUCCCUACAGUGGAGGCAGCUAUACCAGUCAGAAGGGCAAGGUCAUCACACUCAACAAGUGUCCAUUCAGUGAACUUGUUCCUGGCAAGGUCAACCAUCAGAAAGUUAUACUCGGAAGGGUUGUGUGUUCUGUGUCCUGGGAAGACCCAGUACCAUUUACAUUUUGUAUGGUAGAUGAGGCAGGCACAUGUAUAGCUGUCAAUGUGUAUAAUAUUGCCCAGGGAGCUGGUGUCAAAGUGUGGGAUUCUGUAGCGAUUCCAGAGCCUUUCCUCCAGGAGGUCAAAGUUAAUCACAAGGACCUUACGUUAGAUUAUACCAGUAUCCGAGUGGACACACCAGUGGUAUUAGUGGUCAAUGGCCGUAAACUUGGACUGGACAAACAGGCUCCGACAAUGUUAGUGAACAGAGUUUGUGAUGCUUAAGUGACCACCAUGUCUUUUUAACAUACUUGUAAAUCACAAACGAAGAUUGCAAAUGUGAGAAUGUGUGAACGCUACUGGUAUAUACAUGUACUGUAUAUAGAACAGAUUUCAAAACGAGGGAUUCAUACAAAGACAAGAAACACAUAUACAAAGGAGGUCCUUCACAAAUCUGACACUGUCGUGAAUCUUAAAGAAGAUCUGAUUAUAUUGUUGAAUGUAAUUUUAAGGGAAUUUGAAAAUGUUCAAAUUCGCCAA